CUUUCUACCUACUAUCGGGGUAAGUGCAUGCUACCUCCCUUAUAAAAUCUUCUUAAAAAAACUCAAAACAGAGUGUCUGAUCGAUCCAUCCAUUCCACCUCGUACGUACGAGAUUCGAUUUAACUCAACUACCCUCCAUAGACAUAUAGAUAUAUGAAGGGAUUACCCAACCCUUGGAAUUGGAUUACCGCGCCUAUCUUUUAUGCUGUAACAUUAUUUAAAAGAUCGAUAUCAUAAUCACAUCUAUCGUUCACCUAUUAAGAUCCACCAGUUGCAAGACACAAGUUAAUCGAUCUCUUUCUUUCUCCGGUCGUCGGAAAACCAAGCCAGCAACCGGCCGGUGGUCGGAUAUCAGAACUGGUGGUUUCCUCUUGCUGCAUUUCAAACAUCCACUUAGAACGUCACUUAUGGAAGGAGUACAACACUUAAAAAUUCCGCUUGAAGAUAUAAAGCUAGCCACCAAAAAUUUCAGUGAUGAAACUUGCAUCGGAGAAGGUGGUUUUGGCAAGGUAUACGUUGGAACACUCACACUAUCUCAACAACAGAUUAGGGUUGCAGUGAAGAAAUUAGAUCGUCAAUUUGGACAAGGGAAUCAUGAGUUUUUGAUAGAAAUUCAAAUGCUCACAUGCUAUAGACACAAAAACCUCGUCUCUCUUGUUGGAUUUUGCAAUGACAAUGGAGAAGGUAUUUUGGUUUAUGAGCAUGCAAAACAUGGAAGCCUUGACAAACAUCUACGAAAUAUUGACCUCUCCUGGAUCCAACGUCUUAAAAUAAGCCUCGGGGCAGCCCGUGGCCUUAAUUAUCUACAUGAUGAGGUUGGUGCCGAACAUAGGGUUUUGCAUCGCGACAUAAAGAGCCCAAACAUUCUCCUAGAUGAGAACUGGGAAGCAAAAGUAUCUGAUUUUGGAUUGUCCAAAAUAAGCCCUUCAAAUGUGGAGUUCACAUAUCUUGUCACCGCUCCUUGUGGCACCAUCGGCUAUAUUGAUCCAGAAUAUUUAGAAACCGGCAUUUUAACCAAAGAAUCAGAUGUUUAUUCCUUUGGUGUAUUGCUAUUUGAGAUAUUGUGUGGAAGGCAGGCACAUAUACAUGGAUCUCAAGAUGGGCGUGGUCAUCUUGCAACCCUCGCCAAACAAUCAUGUGAACAAGACAGAUUAGAUGAGAUCAUUCUUCCCAAUCUGAAGAAUCAAAUGAGAGAAGAUUCGUUCAAGAUGUUCUCAAAAGCGGCAUAUAAUUGCUUAAAUAAAAAUAGAAGGGAUCGCCCAACAAUGGGUGAGAUCGUGGAGAUGCUUGAACAUGCAUUGUUACUUCAAGUUUGCAGCAAUUCAGCAACAUUUAUUCGGGUAGGAACUUGGGGAAAACAAACUGCCAGUCUUGAUAAUGACGAUCAAUGGUCUUUUAAACUUGAGCCAAAUCAUAAGCUGCAAAAAAUAACAAUUGAUCAUGGUGAUGUAAUAUACUCUCUCAUGUUCACCACCGAAUGUGAAGGUAUCUUUGACACUUCAAACAAGGUUGGUGGUUCAGCUGAUGGAGACAUUGUUUCUGAGGUGAUGCUUGAUGAUGAUGAGGAAAUAAUAGAAAUCAAAGGAAGCAUUGGUACCCGAGGUGGAAAUACAGUUAUCACAUCACUUACUUUUGUUACAAAUUACAUGACAACCCAUGGACCUUUUGGUCAAGAAUCCGAGUGUGUUUUCUCUAUACCGUGGGGAAAUGGCUCGUUGGUUGGUUUUUAUGGCUUUGCGGGCGACUUUAUUGAUGCCAUCGGUAUCUAUUUGAAAGCUGAUGCUGAAAUCAUGAAGAUUGGAAGAUGGGGAAGCAUUGAUGCUCAAAAUUAUUGGUCUUUGAAACUUGAGCGAAAUCAUCGUCUGAAAAAGAUAACCAUUGAUCAUGACGAUCUCAUACAUAGUCUAAAGUUCACUACACAAUAUAGAGGGUCGAAUUACAAUUCGGAAAAACACGGUGGUGGGUAUGGUGGAGGUGAUCAACUUUCCGUGGUAACACUUGACGGGGAUGAAGAAAUUAUUGGCAUCACUGGAACAGUUGGGCAAUCAAGGGGAAAUCAUCCAGGUUGGCCAACAUCAUUUACUUGGACAAUCGUUUCAUCAAUAUCAUUUGUGACAGACAAAAGAACAUAUGGGCCUUUUGGUACCGUAAGAGGGACGCCUUUCUCUGUACAAUGGGACGGUGGUUCUUUUGCUGGAUUUUAUGGCUAUGCUCGUGGUUAUCUUGAUGCAUUCGGUGUCUAUUUGAAGGCAGCGUUGUAAGACUUGGAACAAAGAAACUUUUGUCUUUGUUAGCUAAUGCAU